UGGAGUUUCCUCUCUUCUGCUAUGUUAUUUCUAUUCCAACUAAUAGUUGAUUCCUUCGAAAUUCAUUUUUCCUGAUGUGGAUUGCAUAGUACAGUGUCUCAAAACUACGUAUUUAACACCGCAUUACGCUGUCUAGCUUUAUUUCAGCUGCUGUUUGUUGUGGAGUAUGAAUUGAUUUAACUACCCAAGAUGGUUGACGUUGGACCUGCGGGUGCUGCUAGCAGUGGGAGCAGCCAAAACAACAGCAACAACUCUGGCGAAGAAGAUAAAAAAGAUGAACGAAUGUUUGAAUGUAACAUUUGUCUGGACACAGCUAAAGAUGCUGUAAUUAGCAUGUGUGGACAUUUGUUUUGCUGGCCAUGCCUACAUCAGUGGCUUGAAACUCGACCAGCAAGACAAAUGUGUCCUGUAUGUAAAGCUGCCAUUAGUAAAGAGAAAGUAAUUCCACUUUAUGGAAGAGGCAGUAGUAAGCAAGAGGACCCCAGAAACAAAGCUCCACCUAGGCCUGCAGGUCAAAGAACAGAGCCUGAAGCCAAUGCGAAUUUUCCUGGCUUGGGCUUUCAUGGAAGCUUUAUGUCAUUUGGUAUUGGAGCUUUUCCCUUUGGAUUCAUCACUUCAUCUUUCCACUUUGGAGACAACAGAGCUUUUCAAGCAGCACACGAUACACAGUCUGCUGAAGAUAGAUUUUUGUCCAAAGUAUUUUUGUGGGUGGCUCUUGCUUUCCUCAUUUGGCUGCUGUUAGCAUAGCAUUACGCCCCACCAGGCUUGCAGGAUUCAGCAUUGGAUUUCCCAGUAUUUGCCUGCGCCUGGAUGUGCAAUCGGCAUUGGUAUACUUUCCUGUGAUUUGAUUGGAAACAGCUGAGUCCCCAUUGUUUGUGUUUUCUGCUCCUAUCUUUACUGAAGUUAGGGCUAUAAUUAUACUAUUCCUUGGAAGUAGUAUAAGAUGAGUAAAUAUUCUACAUUCCAUUAAAAGUCAUUGUUUAUUCCCAAAUAACUGAGACUAAUGAAAAAUUGGUCAAACUGUAGUGCAUUGACAUCACUGCUAUAUAGUCACCAUGAUUCAUGUAUCUAAGAUGAAGUAAUCUGAUCAUAUUUUGAUUCCAAAUUAAUGUAAUAGUAACCUAAGAGAGUCAAUGAGAUUUCAAAACUACUGUGAAUUCCACAAUCUGAAAUAUGUUGUGGUAAAAACGUGGCAGUUAGCACAUUGUAUUACAUUUUUGAUCAAUUAUUGAUUAAUCUCUGGUACUUGGGUUAUUGGUAGUUUUUACAGUGGGAAAUUUAUAUAACUGCUCUCCAUUGGUACUUUAUUUCUAUGUUUAUUGUAUGCAUUGCGCUUUUUAUGAUGGACAGUUCCCCAAAAAAUAAAAAUGGGACCAAAAUCAAAGCUUUGUGGGCAAUUUCAGAAUUUCUGGAAGAGAUUUACUCUUCUUAUGUCAUCAGUAAUUUUCUUCAAAUUCCACUCCUGCUAAAUAUGUCAUGAAUUUAGUGUGAUGCAUACUCUAUAUAAAUACAAUGUGAAAGUUGCUGUUUUUUUCAGAAAGGUGAAAAAAAUGACUUGGAAUCAUUUUUCAUUACAACACAUACUGUGUACUUUUAACCAAUCAAAAUUGUUAUUUUUUUGCCCCCCGCUCUACUUUAAGACAAAAUAUACAUAAUUCUAUUUUAUUUGCUAUCGAACAACAUUGCUUAUCAGAUGCUGAAUACGAAUACCAUUUGUGUUUUAGCAUGUCAAUCAGAUAAAAUCUAUUGUAAUGGGAGGAAGAAAGCUAUUUUGAACGUUGCUAUGGUAUCAUGCUCAAAGCUGAUUAGACGGAGUUUAAAGUGCAAAUCUAUUCUAGUCUAAGGCUGGGGUUCUAUCAAGAUGAGGCGAGUGCUGAUGAUCAGCACGCAAGUCAGCAUCAGCAUCAACAAAAGAAGAUCUCUAGGACUGUGAUUGGUCAUUUGUGCACGAAGGUGCCCAAUCACAGUUCUGUAGAUCUUCAUUUGUUGAUGCUGACUUACUGUGGUGCUGACCGUCAGCAUUCGCCUUAUCUUGAUAGAACCUGGGUACAUUUUUUUGUACACUUCUUUUGUUUAUCUAAAAUGAUGCUUCUCAAGACUUGCUUUGACAAGUACCAUGAUUGUUUUGGGGGCUUUUACAUGGCUUAAAGCAGUGAAAGAGGUAGAUAAAAUAAUAAUAAUGGGGAUUUGACUCAAGUCUCAGGCUUUACAAGACUACUAAAUCAACCUUUUCAGUAUGAGCCAUGUCUUGCUCUCCUAUCACCCUGUGAGAACCUGAAUUUCCCUUCGAUUUUCCACCUUGCUAGUAAUGUGGGAAGAUAGUGCAGACUUCAUUCAAUCUAUGUUGUAACUUAUUACUCAUGUCUUCUAAGCCAUAAGGUAAAGAUAAAUUAAAAAUACUUUCUAAUCAUUGUCCAAAUGAUUGUCUAAAUGCAUCAGUAAAAGUAUGUGUUGUGUUUUCAUAUUUUUUUUCUGGAACAUGAGAGGAAUAAUUUUGAAUGCAGUAUUCUAUUGGGCCGUGAUUUUCUUUUCACUUGUUGUUUCUGUGUUGUUUUGUUGUGAUGGGUUUUGGGGUAAUUUGUAAUAUUUUAGUGACUUGAAUUGAUGGUGAUAAAAUAUAUGGUCGGCAUAUCUUA